GGGAUGUUGCGGAUCGGAGCACCAAGCGGGGACUUUCCCCGCACCGGAGAAGUCCACACCGGGACCACCAUCAUGGCAGUUGAAUUUGAUGGGGGCGUUGUAGUGGGUUCAGAUUCCCGGGUAUCUGCAGGAGAGGCUGUGGUGAACCGAGUGUUUGACAAGCUGUCUCCCCUGCAUGAUCGCAUCUACUGUGCACUCUCGGGUUCUGCUGCCGAUGCCCAGGCCGUGGCUGACAUGGCUGCCUACCAGCUGGAACUUCAUGGGGUGGAACUGGAAGAACGCCCACUUGUUCUGGCUGCUGCAAAUGUGGUGAAAAAUAUCACCUAUAAGUAUCGGGAUGACCUGUCCGCACAUCUCAUGGUGACUGGUUGGGAUCACCGUGAAGGGGGCCAGGUUUAUGGGACCCUGGGCGGAAUGCUGAUUCGGCAGCCCUUUGCCAUCGGAGGCUCUGGCAGCACCUACAUCUACGGUUAUGUGGACGCAGAAUAUAAGCCAGGCAUGACCCCUGAGGAGUGCAGGCGCUUCACUACCAAUGCUAUUGCUCUGGCCAUGAACCGCGAUGGGUCUAGUGGUGGUGUCAUCUACCUGGUCACUAUCACAGCUGCUGGUGUGGAUCAUCGAGUAAUCUUGGGCAAUGAGUUGCCAAAAUUCUAUGAUGAAUGAAUCUUCUUCAGAUUUCUUUUUCUUAUUUUAUAAUAAA